CAAUACAGUCGCACUUCAUUUUUCCUUCAUGUGCACUUGGAAGCCCCGGGAGCAGCAGCAGCAGCAAGAAUGAACUGCAAGGAAGAAGAUGACAACUGYGCUGACGGCGGCAGCAGCGGCACCAAGAAGAUGUUGAAGUGCGUGGUGGUUGGGGACGGCGCCGUCGGGAAGACUUGUCUGCUCAUGAGCUACGCCAACGACGCCUUCCCCGAGGAGUACGUGCCCACCGUGUUCGACCACUAUGCAGUAACUGUGACUGUAGGAGGACAACAGCACUUGCUGGGACUUUAUGACACUGCAGGGCAGGAGGACUACAACCAGCUGAGACCCUUGUCCUACCCCAACACGGAUGUCUUCCUCAUCUGCUUCUCCGUGGUGAACCCUGCCUCCUACCACAACGUCCARGAGGAGUGGGUUCCCGAGCUGAAGGUCUGCAUGCCCAACGUGCCUUACGUGCUCAUAGGAACGCAGAUUGAUCUUCGUGAUGAUCCCAAAACUUUGGCUCGGCUGCUUUACAUGAAGGAGAAACCCCUCACUUACGAGCACGGAGUGAAGCUAGCCAAAGAGAUUGGAGCUCAGUGCUACCUGGAGUGCUCAGCCCUCACGCAGAAAGGCCUUAAAACMGUCUUCGACGAAGCAAUCCUCACCAUCUUCCACCCCAAGAAGAAGAAGAAGCGCUGCGCGAAGUGCCACCAUCGUGGCUGCUGCACCAUCGCGUGAAGUCAUCUGAAAAGAAGAGCGAGAUGAGCCCAAUGAAACCAAGCAGGUUAGAAAGGCAAUGAAGGUCACAGGCCACCGAAACGGGGAACAUGACCAGAAAGGGGUCCUUUUUUACCCAAAGAGGA